AUGACCGACAUUAACGAGAACGAGACCAACUCAACCAGCGCGCACUUCGUAUUCGCGGAGCCAGACACGAAACAAAAGGUUGAACAAGCUGAGCGGGGAGCUGGAGUGGCCACCGCUGUGCAAAGUGAGCAGACCCCGAAGAGAAGGUGCAGACAACGACUCUGUCGCUUCUCCGCCAGCGGCGCGUGCACAAAGGGCGACAAGUGCAAGUUCGCACACGAAAAGAGACCCAAGAAGUCGAAGAAGAGGAGCGGCGACGAAGAAGCACCCGGUGGUCUUGUACUUGGAGCGGACGCCACCACAGACUCCCAGAAGGCUAAACCAGCCAAACAACCAGACCCGUCAAAGUCCGCGGCGGCACCGAGGCAAAACAAGAGGCAAACGCGUGCUCGGAAGUGCAAGCGUUUUGCCCGGAACAAGUGCCGUGACGGCGACAAGUGCAAGUUCUCCCACAAGAUCAAGGGUGUCGACAAGGUUGAACCGCGACGUGCCGUCGUGGUCCAGCUGGGAGCCUCCACUGAGUCGGCAAACAUGGUGACCAACGCGGACAACGACGAGUGGUCUGACGCCCAGCAGCGUGCUCUCGAUCAGGCCUUGAAGAAAUAUCCAGCCUCGACGGAGAAAGAGGAGCGCUGGACGAGCAUAGCGAACGCAGUGGACGGCCGCACGCUGAACGAAUGCAUCGACCGCUUCCAGUUGCUCUGUGAUCUCGUGCAACGCGGUGUUGACGUCACAACCAGCGUUACAGCCAACUCGAGUGAGAGCGAGAAGGGUCCAGCCCUUGACUCCAGGAUCAUCGCACCAGAGGAGCGUAUCACCAUCGAGACCAAACCUGAGCUCAAGGGCACCCAGAUAUCCCUCGAAGACCUCUUCCUGCACAAGGUGGGUACGCUGGUCGCCCAUCGGCUUGUUUGCCAGGUGCAAUGCGACAACUGUCCACUCACGUUCGACGCCAUCUUGAGCUUGGACUCGGCAGAGAUCCAGAAGUGGUGCCCCCGAUGCAGUGUCCUCCACUACGUUCGGAUGCGACCCGUGUUUGCUCACUCGCAGGGCGAUGUGCUCGCUUAUGUGGACACGGAGAACUGCUGGAUUGCCGAUGUGCUGCCAUCCGACAUGCUGUCCACUUGCCUGAAGUGUGGAUGUGAAGCGUUGCUCGAGAGUGUUGCGCCAGGGCAUCGUUCAGAGCAAGCGUGCUUCGACUGCCACGCGAAACUUGCUGUGAUGGCAAGACGGUUCUUGGCCAGGGAUUUGAAUGGAUCGAACCGGAAGCGGAGUGAACCGCUCGAUGGAGUCGUUGAGAGCAAGAGAGGACGUAAGCAAGCUGUGCAGGGCUUCGUUCUGGGUCAACCGCUGCCUCGGAAUGGAGCCUGCGACCACUACAGGCACUCGCUGCGUUGGUUCCGGUUCCAGUGCUGUGGGAAAGCGUUCCCAUGCGAUGUAUGCCACGACUUGAGUGACUGCCCCGAGGCCAACCAGGGGAAGCUCGCCAGCCGAAUGAUCUGCGGGUUGUGUUCGAAGGAGCAGUCCAGCGCGGUCAAAGUGUGUGCGUGCGGCAACGACGUUGCCUCGAAGAGGUCGACGACCCACCACUGGGAAGGAGGCAACGGAUGCCGCAACCAUACGUUGAUGUCGCGAUGGGAUAAGCAGAAGCACCGCGGUCAGAACAAGACGGAGAGCACCAAGCUCUAUCGCGUCGGCGCGGAGGCCAAGAAGCAUCGAGAGGGCGCAAACGCAGACGCAGACGCUACGGUAGGUAUUCGCUUCCUCAAGCCGAUACCCGGAGGCGCGAGACAGCGUCUUCGCCACCGGUCGAAGAGAGUGGAAAUAGUGUGA